AUGAAAUUAUUUGAAAGCAUUAUUCAGGCUUCCGGCACAACGCAUUCUGCUACAGUAAUCUUUUUUCAUGGAUCAGGUAGCACUGGAAAUAACUUGAUAGAAUGGAUUCGAUUUUUGAUGGGAAGAAACUUUGACAUUCCAUACGUAAAGUUUAUAUUUCCAACAGCUCCAAUGCAAAAGCAUACACCACUCAAAGGAAAGUACAGCAGGGUGUGGUUUGAUUGCAAUAAAAUUUCAAUAUAUGAUUCGGAGCGCAUUGAAUCAUUAUCAUCAAUUUAUGAAACAGUUGAUGCAUUGUUAAAUCGUGAAAUAGAAGGUUGUGGUAUUCCUGCAAAUCGCGUCAUUAUUGGUGAGUUUAUGAACACAUUUUUGGACAUGAACUCACAUACACAGUUCUGGACAUCAUCACAAGUUUCAACGAUUUCAACACUCAAUGCUCAAAUUGUCAUUAACCAAGCAACAAGUCAUAAUACGUCUAAUGCACCAUCAAGUAUAACCUUCACUGAUGAACUCAAGCAACAGAUCACUGGUUACAUUUUAGAAAACGAUCCAAAUAUAAGUUCAAAUGAUAUCAUGGAUAUCAUCAGUAUUUUGGAAACAAUGAGCACUAUUUCGUUGAAGUAUUUGACUCUAGAUCAGUUAACUCAAUUGACAUCGUAUGUUGUUUCCUCAUUUACGAACAAUACGAUUACAAAUGGAUUUAUCUCAACUACUUCUGCAUCCACUUCAACAACAACUUCAUCUUCUAGCUCAACAUCGUCGACCACUACAGCAAUUACAGCUUCAACAUUAAGCCCUGCAAUAAAUCAACAGGUCUCGAGCACACUAAGUCAACUGGCACCCAAUUUAAGUCCAACUCAAAUCCAGAAUCUUUUAACUGCUAUCGAAACUUUGUACCAGACCUUUUAUUUCACACCACUCGAAUCGAUUAUUGUAUCCCCAGGUCUUGGUACAUUUUAUUUAACUCAUUCUGGACCAUAUGUUGUUGUUAGUGGAACAACCGCUGCAUACACAGACGCAGAUAAAUUAUCAAUAACAUCAUUUUUUAAUGUUUGGGUGCCCAGAAUGACAGCAAGUGAAAUCCAACUUUAUAUCAUUAAUAUGCAAAAAGUGAGCUAUUAUUCUCAAAGUAUAACUGCGUUAGAAGCACUUGCAUUAGCUCCAGCAAUUGCGCAAAUCUUUACAAACCAAGCUAAUUCUCAAACCACAACUGUAAAAGCAUAA